UGCGCUCACCUGCGCACCUGGGCAGCGGAGCGAGCUGGCUACGGGCAACGCGAGAGAAGCGGCGAUGGCGGCGCACGGCUGGCUCUGGGGGUGCCUCCUGUUCGCAGGUUGGGGGUUUCUGGUUCUGGGUCAAGAGAAAAUCGAAGUCCUGGAGAAUAAAGGGGUGAGCCUGCCCUGCAAAGCCAUACAGUCACAACCCAAUCCGACACGUCAGGAGUGGAAGUUCCAGAGAGAUGGCAUCACCCUGCUCUUUUACCAUGGCAACAAGUUCACAGAUAACUACAAGGAUCGCGCCACGUUCACCCCGUAUGAGAUCCACCUCACGUCGGUGACCCGCAAAGACUCAGGCUUGUACACUUGCGAAGUCCUCGGAGACUCUUUUUCACAGUCGCAGGUGCAGCUGGUUGUGCAAGUGCCCGCCGCCAAGCCCACCGCCCACGUUCCUUCAGUGGUGACCAUUGGAAACAAGGUGGUCCUUAGAUGUGAGGAGACCGAGGCCAACCCCAGGCCGACUUUCAAGUGGUUCAAGAAUGACGUCCAGAUGCCCCCGGAUCCCAAAACCAGCACCAUCUUCAAGAAUUCGUCCUACACAAUCGACUCGGACACAGGCGUGUUGGCAUUUGAGCCCGCCAUGGCCCUGGACACGGGCGACUAUUCCUGUGAAGCCGAGAACAAGGUGGGCCCCCCCCAGAGAUCGGAGGUGAUUCACAUGGAAACCACAUCCCUAGAGUCACCUGAUCAAAAUUCAGAUGCUUAGCGAGACUCUUCUCCAAAGUGGCUGCCGAAGAGUUAAUUGGCUGGCUGAAAGCUGAUUUAUUUCAACCCCUGCUGGAUUCUUUCUGUUUUGUUUUUGUUUUUUCCUUUUUUUCUUCUUCUUUGAUUUAUUUGACUGCUCUUAUCAACAUCUGCUUUGUAUGGAAGCAAAGCACAUGCUUCUGGAUUUGUAUUUGAUUACAAAAACUUUUUGGAUCAAAAUAGUAAGAAAAUAUCUUCUUUGUUUUCUUUGCUUGCUCCCUGAUUUGAGCAACAAAAUAUUGGAUUACAUGGAAAGAAGUAGAAGUCUGACUUCAAGGGGGAAAGCAGAGUCUGGCUAGCAACAUGCAAGCUUUAGCUGAAUUUUUUUCUAAAAGAUUUGAUGAACUAAUAAAGGCCGUGGAAAACAUUUUGAAAAAUCAGACACUAAAGUAUUAAACCCACAAAAAGAACUUGUUCUCAAAGUAGCAGAUUCGUUGGGAAGAAACAUAGGCAUAAAGCAACACUGUGAAAAAUAUUGAGAAGAAAUGCGAUUUCCCAGCUGUAAAUUGGCCGGAAAGAAAUAUAGACUCAGAAAUAUUAGCAUCGACUCAAUAACAACUUCUGGAAGCUUAAAACUGCUUUUUAUAUAAUAGCAGAGGACUCUCUGGAUGUAUGUGGCAAAUAGGAUUUUUUAAGGGGUUUGAAGGAGAGUGGGAAAUGAACUUAAUACAUCUAAUUGAUAGAUGAUCUUAUCUGGUUUUUUGGGAGGGAAGAUAAAUUGGAUUGGGAGAUUGGACAUUGUAUUUAAUUAAUCAGCAAUUGAUAAGAAAUGGUAUAAAGAAAUAAACUUGUAUAUUUGAUCUGGGACCAAUUAGGGUUAAUAUUUAGGGUGAUUUGGGAUUGAAACCAUGGCACAUUUUCUUAACAGGGUUUUGGAAUCUUGUCUUUCUCUUAUUAUUGUUCACAAUUUUAUUAAUUUUAUACUUUUAUAUAAUAUGUUUAUUAUGAUUGUUUUUCCUAUUAACUAUUUUGUUAUUAAUAUAGUUUAUAGAUGACAGGCUAAUAAGUUGUAAAUAGGUUUAGUAGUUUAAUAGUUUAAAAUUCUUUGGACCUAUUUCUCAAGGAGUGGGAAACUAACGUUGCUGUACUAUAUUAAUCAGCAUUAAACUAUGGAGGAUGUUCGCUGUA